UCCGAAUGACGAAUGUUCGAAUCGUAAAAGAUAACACGAGUAAUCUACGCAUUUCAGAUAACACGGAAUCAAUAACAUCUAAUUACGACAUUAUGAUUAUCGCCGCACCACUUACCAGCGACCAAGAAUUUCAAAUAGAAUUCUUCGGAUUUCCAAACAGCUUGGUGUUUUCAGGAGACUAUCAGACAGUAUAUGUGACACUUGUCAAAGCAAAACUUAAUCUAACAUAUUUUGGUUUGCAACAGUCUAUAAAUAGUAUUCUAAGUUUUAAUCUCAACCAAACCAGGAUCAGUUUGUUCGAGAAAUCUGGUCUUGUUGACGAUUCAGUUAAGAAAUCUCCUCGAGUUUGGAGUAUAUGUAGCAAGGAACAUAUGAUGGAGUCAAGUGCUAUACACGAAAUGUUUUCUCAUGUCAUCGAGAAAAAAGAAAUCGUUUGGAAAGCAUAUCCCCAGUACUCGACAAAUUUGUUGAAACCCAAUAAUUUCAAGUUACACGAUGCUUUGUAUCAUGUCAAUGCGAUGGAAUGGAUCGGAAGUGCAAUGGAAAUGAGUGCGAUUGCUGGAAGAAACGUCGCUAUUUUGGCAUACAAAGAUUUUCAGAAAUCACGGCUGUCGGACAGCCUUUCAACGUAUUCUAAUAUUAAAAAAUUACGCAUGUCAGUAGACUUGUAGUGUGAUAAUAUUCUUGCUAUUAAUUUU